AGAAGGAGCAGUUCCCCGAGCAGACAGCUAACAGGCAGCUCACUCCUGCACACAGAUACUGUAUAUGUGGUAGUUCCUUUUAUCCUUUUGGUCACAACUAAUUUGUGGGAACACUUUUAAAGAGUUUUACGCUUACAAGCAUCCGGAUUGUGGGAAAUAAUGGCACUACAACAGGAUAGAGAACCAAGCAUUGAGCUCUUCAUAAAGGCAGGCCAUGAUGGAGAGAAUGUGGGGAACUGUCCCUUCUGUCAGAGUCUCUUCAUGGUGCUGUGGCUUAAAGGAGUCAAAUUCACAGUUACUACAGUCGAUAUGAGGAAGAAGCCAGAGGAGCUGAAAGACCUAGCUCCAGGGACCAACCCUCCUUUCCUCCUAUACAACGGCACCCUUAAGACUGACUUUAUGAAGAUUGAGGAGUUUCUGGAGGCAACCCUUGCCCCUCCCAGAUACCCUCAUCUCAGUCCCCUGAAUAAAGAGUCGUUUGAUGUGGGUGCAGACAUUUUUGCCAAGUUUUCUGCUUUUAUCAAGAACAGUCCAAACAACAGAGUACAGGAGCAGGCUUUGCUAAGGGAAUUUAAACGCCUUGAUAUUUAUCUAAACACUCCACUGCCUGAGGAGAUAGACCACAACUCCACUGAAGACAUUACAGUCUCCAAGAGGAAAUAUCUAGAUGGCAAUCGGCUGACGUUGGCAGACUGCAACUUGCUUCCCAAAUUACAUGUGAUCAAGAUUUCUGCCAAGAAGUACUGUAACUUUGAGAUUCCGGCUCAUUUCACUGGGGUACAUCGCUACUUGCAGAAUGCGUACGAGAGAGAGGAGUUCAGCCAAACUUGUCCAGCAAGUGUUGAGAUCGAGAAAGCCUAUCUGAGUGUUGCUUGCAAGAGGACAUAAAUCUCCAGCUUCAGAUCUCCUGUCUCGCAUUCCCAACAAAUUUAUACAUGAAGGAGGACAUUCUACCUAAAUUGUUUUGUAAAUAGCCUUAAAUUAAAUUAAGUGUCAAGUUCAGUGAAAAACGACUGAAUUUCCUGAGUUUAGUAUAAUAAUGAAAUGUUUGUUAAUGUUCUGAAUUAUACUGCAGUGCCAUUUAAUGGCUUUUCCAUUCAUUUAUCCCACCAACCUAAAACACAAGUGCUGAAUCCCUUAUGUUGCCUUUUAAACAGGCACAAUGUGCAAUUUAAUGUACAUCAAAUGUGAUUUGCUUUGUUCAUAAUGUAUAUAUGUAGGUAACACAGUGAAACAUUCUUCUGAAUGUUUAUACAUCUUUUUUUUAUGUGGUUCUAGGGGCUCCUUUAGAGAUUUUUCGAAAGAAUGUUAAAAAGCUACAUUUGUUAAACCUGCAAAAAACAUUUCCUCUGUAAGUUUAACUAUUUAAUCGUAACAUGCACAAUUUCUAUAUAUGCUAUGUAUCAUGCUAUUAUAAUACUGCAAAGUAAGAUAAAGGUGGGGGCAGUGGUGAUUCAGGGAAUGAGGCUCUGGGUUGCUGAUCGGAUGGUCGGAUUGGUGUUGGGCCCUUGGGCAAGGCCCUUAACCCUAUGCCAAUAAAAAUCACUCCCCUAUUGCAUGACACCAACCCUGGAUGAAAAAGGAGGAGGAUUGGGCUUCAGGCUAGCAACCCGUCCCUAUGAAAACCACUAUUGCUGUAGAAAUUAAUUACUACCUGAUGUGCUCACCAGCACAGGAAGGAAAAAAAUUAUAAUCUAAAACACUAUCAUAACGAAGCAUAUUUAUGUCUGCAAACGUACGUCUGAAUCAACAUGAACUGAUCCUUUAUGUUAUGUACAUAGUUCAGGUAUUCUGCAUUCAUCUACAUUUCAAGUAAAUGUAUCACUAAAAAGGUUGAAUUCAUAUCAAACA